AUGUAUUCAUCAUCAUCAUCAUCACCACCAUUAUCUUCUGGUAAUGAAGAAUCCUCGAUAUAUUCACCCCAUACAACAGUGAAACCGAGUGGUAUUUCAAAACUAGCCGCUCAACAUUUAAAGAACCCAGCUCCAGCCACACCAGAUUCAAAAGAAGCACCAAGGGUUUCAAGAACAUUAAGAUCCCAAUUAAAACCCAGUGGUGUUUCAAAACCAGCCGCUCCAUAUUUAAAGAAACCACAAGAAAAUUGGCCAGCUCCAGCAGCGCCAGGUUCAAAGGAAGCACCAAGAUUACUAGAUCUCCCAAUCACCAGCCCCUCCACAAACAAGGAAAUCACCAAGGGUUUCACGAUCAAAUUCAUCAUUAUCAUCAUCACCAUUAUCACCAUCAUCAUCACCAUCAUUACUGUCAUUACAGUCAUCACCAUCAUCCCUAUCAUUACCGUCAUCACCAACACCAUCAUCACCAUCAUCACCAUCAUCAUCACCAUCAUCACCAUCAUCACCAUCAUCAUCACCAUCAUCACCAUCAUCACUAUCAUCACCAUCAUUAUCAUCUCUAUCCUCCCCAAGAGCAAAGAGAGCAGCACCAACCCCUCUAAAUUCAAAGGAAGCACCAAGAGUUUCAAAACCAAAUUCAAAUUCUUCCCCAAGAAAGAAAAAAAGAAAAAUUUAGUAUUAAGAGAAAUUAAGAAGCACCAAAAAUCGGAUAAGCUUCUUUUACCUCUACUUUCUUUUUCUCGAUUGGCCAGAGAAAUUUUGGAUGGUUUCGGCACUAAUUUAAGAAUCACUCCUGGUUGUCUUAUAGCUCUUCAAUAUGCUUUUGAAUCCCACAUGACUUUAAUAUUGGAGAAUUGUGGUAUUAUGGCUUUUUAUGGAAAAAGAAAAACCAUUAAUAGAAGUGAUAUGAGACUUCAUUCGAGAAUUUGUCCACUCUUUAAAAAUUAA